UGUAGUUUCUGCGCCUGCAUAUAUUUAUUUAAUGUUUAACUUUCCUGCGAAUAUUUGUGUUAACUAUAAGAUUUUUUAAAAAAGUAACGGGAAAUCGAUACAUAAAUAUGUUACAUGUAUUGCGUACGUAUACAUACAUAUGUAUGUAUAUUGUCAAAUAAGUUGCUAUGUGUAAUAUGUUGAUGAGUAUUUAAUAUUCACGAAAGUAUUACUAAGCAUUGGUUGUUUUGUGUAAUCGCAAGUUGUAAUUUACAACUAUAGUGUCAUAAUGUAUACCUAUAACACCCAAGGGAAAUCGGAUGUGAUGAAAAUUUCUCCUAAAUCAGUUGAUCAUCAUUGCGUCCAUUUAUUAAAGCAUCCUUUACACUCUCUUUGCCAUUAGGGUCCAAUUUGACAGCAACUGCAAGACACAGAAAUCUACGCCUACUAAACACAAGAAAAAGCUCAGCGGCGUUACGCAUGCGCAAAGCAUGUGGCGUGCAACAGAUCGGACAUGCUGAGACCAUGCUAUUGAAUUUUCUUUAACUCAGCUAUUUCUUUCUUUUCAUGCUAUAGUUUCGCGAAAAUUAACAGAGCAUGCGUUGUCUUAAUUGUUAACGCUUUUUAAUGCACUUUUAUUUGCGAAAAAAAACUGUUAGUGUAACAAUUUGCAAAGUGUUGUUUGGUUUUUAAAGUAAUUGGUUGGUUGGACACACGCUAUGGACUAGUGAUUCAUGCUACUUAGGUUCAGUUAAAUGCAUGUAUGCCAAUCAUAUAGACGCAUCUAUAACCAUGUCGAUUCAUCACUCAUCAAAUAUUUAUGGGGUUUUUGCUCAACUUAUGUGCCAGUAAAAAAUCGCGUUAAUUUUUACUAUUAAAAUCUAGUGAUCACAAGAUUUUGGUGUUUAUUGUAAAUGCUUCCUAUAAACAUGAUGUUUACUAUAGAAUUCAAGCUGAAUAUGCAUGACAUCCAUAUGCGUAAGCGAAUAUGCAAGGGUGGCAAUGCGUUUAGUUGCGUUGAUAGUCCUCAUCGUUGCAUGAAGCAACUUCUAUGCAUAUUCAAUCCAAAUUUCCAAUUUCUAAACCUUUCGAACACGCGUUAGCCAUGAAGCUCAUCGACAACGAACUUAUGUAUUCAACUCAACUGUCAAACUGACGCAUACGCUUACGCAAAUUAUGCAGUUCAGCUUAAGCAUCAAUAAACUCACCUUAAACACCACAUUUAUUUGGUGUUAUGAAACCCUAUAUAUCAAGAGUUGGGCCACACUGUUGCACAAAAUAUAAACAAAUAAGUUGUAAAUAGCAAGGAAAACCUCGACUGUGCAAAUAAUUAUGGAAAGUGCUGUAAAGGAAAGGAGAAAGCGUACUUUCUGGAAUGAAACGACAGAAGCUUACUUUGUCGAUUUGUGGGAGCAACAACGUGACCAAUUACUCGGUGCGAAGAAAAAUACUCACAUUUACCAGGAGAUGUCCGACGAGUUGGCUAAACACGGCAUGGAACUCUCUGUGCUCGAUGUCAAAUACAAAAUAACCAACUUGACUGCUAAGUACAGAAAAUGCAGUAUGGACUUAGCAACAUCCAGUGCGCCGGUGGUGUGGCCAUUAUACGAACAGGUGCACAGAAUAAUAAGCCGUAAAUCUGUCAACACCACCGAUGCUUCAUCUGAAGAGAGCAUGGAACAUAAAGUACCCGUUAACUUAGAAGCUUUUUUGACACCGCUGGCGGCGCCUUUGUCUUCGCCUUCCUUCGAUUCCCACGCAAUUACAUCGCCUCCGCCAGAUAGCACACAAUUGCCCGCGUCCACAAAUGUGCGCGCAUCGAAAACACAAAACUCGGAAAAAAUAAUUUCAAUGUGCGAAAGCUUGAAGGCAUCAGCCGACGAGAAAAACCAACUUAUGAGAGAAAUGGUCAAAGUGGAAAGGGAGAAGUUGGAAGUUUUGAAAGAUUUGCGCGAUGACAAUAAGAAACUUACACAAGCAAUAAUGGACUACUUGAGUAGAAAACAGUAAUGAGUAAUUAUUUACUAUGUUUUUUUUUUAUAUAAUUAAUUUAAGUUAUUUGAUUUGAACUCGAUAUCCUAAACUCCAGACUUUGUUACCUGGAUGAUGCAGCAGGUUUAUACUUAAGAAAAAGAUAAGAAAUAAAAAAUACUUUAAUUUGUGUUUUUAAUUCCAAAUAAACUAUUUUACUGGAAACAUCA